UGAUGUGUUCUCGUCAUUAUUUACUAUGCCCGCAGAUCGACCCUGGCUCAGGACUUUUUUUGCGUUUGGAUAUAAGCCCCGCCCCUCCUCCUCAGCACAAGCACCCGUCUCUUCGCCCCUAGCUCUCCCGCAAUGUCAACCCCGGAGGUCGCUUCCAGGAAACCAUCACGAGCCUCUUCCGAAAGCCUCAGCGGCGCCGAGCGGCGGGCAGAGAUCUUGCGUGCGCUCCAUGCGGAAAACGACGCCAUCAGACGCGCGAGCGUCCUGCACGAGUCCGCACUCGACGUCGAUCCGAGCGCGUCCUACACCUCGCUCGAGCUCUCUCCCGCGCCCGAGCGCAUCCGCCGCCGCUCUGAGCUUGCACGAACGCGCUCGUUCUCGUCCGGCUCCGGUGGCGCCGCGGGUGAAGCGAUCGAGCUCGCAGUGCUUCCGUCCAUCCAAGAGCACAAGCCCAACAAGGAGAGCGUGCACGUCACGGGCGUGUCGACUGGUAUUGGGAGAGGCAGCCAUGCGUCCAUCCCGAAGGCGGGCGAUCUGGAGCUCGCGCCGUCCCCGUAUGCGGGAUCCCUGCAGUAUACGGAUGCGGACUCGACGACGCCCGUGGUGACUCCUGCGCAGCAGGCUGCGUUCAAGCGGAACGCGAACAUUCAGUUUGCCGCACUGUGCUAUUCAUUCUUUUUGGAGGGCUGGAACGACGGCUCGACGGGCCCGCUCUUGCCGCGGAUUGAGCGCUACUAUCAUAUUGGCUUCGCGAUUGUGUCGUUGCUUUUCGUGACCAACUGCAUCGGUUUCCUCAGUGGCGCAGUGCUGAAUGUCCACCUGGAUCAGAAGCUCGGUUUGGGCAAGACUCUGGUGCUAGGUGCCUUCGUCCAACUCAUCGGAUACGCGAUGAUGGCGCCGGGCGGGCCCUUCCCUGUCAUGUGCAUUGCGUUCAUUUUCACCGGAUUCGGCAUUUCGCUCCAGAACGCCCAAGCAAAUGGGUACGUUGGCGGCCUCAAGGAGAACGCUCGAGUCAAGUUUGGCUUCUUACACGCGUCAUAUGGCCUCGGCGCACUUGUGUCUCCGCUUGUCGCGACACAGUUCUCAACGGCCCAGCACUGGUCGUUCCACUAUCUGAUCUCGGCGGGCAUUGCUGUCACCAACUUCAUCGCUCUCCUUGUCGUCUUCCGACUCAAGAAUUAUGAUGCGGUCAUGGCCGAGACGGGACAGGCAGCGGACGAGCCGGGCCAGAGCGAGAACCUCUAUCACCAGAUUAUGCGGCUCAAGGAGGUGCACUAUCUGGCGAUCUUCUCGCUGAUUUACGUUGGAGUGGAGGUGUCAAUUGGAGGCUGGAUUGUCACGUUCAUUGAGGACGAACGUCACGGAAACGCGAGUGCUGGGUAUAUCUCAUCUGGAUUCUUUGGUGGACUGAUGCUCGGGAGGCUCACCCUUAUGUGGCUCAAUCGUAAGCUCGGAGAAAAAUGGGUCAUCAUUUACUACUCGCUCGUUGUCAUCGGGUAUGCCUUAUCCGCCCGCUGCCUGACCCAGACUAACAACAUCAUCCAUAUCAGCCUGGAAAUCACCGUCUGGGUGGUCCCGUCGCUCGUCGAAAAUGCCGUUGCCGUCGCCUUCGUCGGCCUGCUCAUGGGUCCCAUCUACCCUAUCCUGAUGAACCACUCCACUUCCAUACUCCCAAAGUUCCUGCUCACGGGCUGUUUGGGUUACAUUAGCGGUGUUGGGCAGGCAGGCUCGGCGGUAUUGCCGUUCGUCACGGGUCUGCUCUCCUCGAAGUUUGGGAUUGCGUCGUUGCAGCCUUUCAUUGUGUCGAUGAUGUCAACUAUGAUUCUCAUUUGGGCGGUCGUCCCGAAGGUCCGUCGGAUAGAGUGAAAAGUGUGGCCCACCUGCCGCCUUCAUCCUUUUGGGUCUUUUGUUCUGGUUCCUUCUUAUUAGAUUGUGUGUUUGGUUGCAUAUCUCGUCCCUGUUUUUAGAGCAUGUUUGUAGAGCAGAAUGUACGUUAGAGCUUGUAGUAUGGUUUGUCCGUUGUCAUUGUACGAAAUUGAUCUUUGUGAUGGUAGAAGUUUCGGUGGCCAGUGGCGCUCAGAUCAGUGUUUGCCUGAUAAGAUUAGAUCGUGCUUAUCAGCGAA